ACUACAACCAGACCAAGACCCACACAUUCAUAUGCAGAUUUGGGACUAUAUAUAGGAGACAUGAAGCCAGUAGAGUCAGAUUCACUUUACACAGAGACCCCUACAGAACAGAGAUACAGACAUGGUACCUACAAUCACCUCAGCUAGCAUCUACUCUAAGGAGCACCUGACUCUGACAAACAAGUUAAGAAAGCCAGUGGUUGAAAAGUUACGCAGAGAUCGUAUCAACAGCAGCAUUGAGCAACUCAAGUCUCUUUUGGGUCCAGAGAUCCUCAACCAUCCACCCGACUCCAAGCUGGAGAAAGCUGACAUCCUGGAGAUGACAGUUUGUUACCUGAGACAACAGCAACAGAACAAGAAAGGAAGCCCCUCCUCUUGUUCAGCACCUGUCAAUCAGGGUUACUCCAGCUGUGUCCAAGAGAUUACUCACUUCCUGUCUAAAGAUGAGGUGAAGACACAGUCCCAGAGAAGACUGCUGAGCCACCUCCAGAGCCUGCAGCCCUCCUCUGAUAAGAACAGGAGGGAGAGUGACCUGCCUCAACUGAGCUCCUCAGACCAGCACAGCUUCAGCAAAGAGAGUAGUCCAGUCAACAGCGCCCUCUGGAGGCCCUGGUAGAGUCUUACAGACUGGAGCUCCACUCUCAGACAAAGAGGGGACCAUAUUGGUCUAACAUUAAUAUCAUGGACAGUAAUGACAACAGGAAGACAAUAUUUUCCUCUUCUGUUUAUGCAGGACCUUUACAAGUUUUGGUGUUAUUGACAAGGUUUUCUGGGAAAAUGUUCUAAUCUAUACAAACUACAUUUUGUAGUGUUUACUGAAAAUAUCAUAACGUUUAUGUUUUUGGAAAUGUGAUCAACAUAUUUAUCAUGAAACUUUUAUUUCAAUUGCACUAAAUGAGUUAAAUUGAUGAACACCAGAUUUUUGUGAUUUAAAUCCGAAUGUUUAUUUUGUGAAACUUAACAUUGUUGAUCAUGUGCAUAUGACCCAUAAUAGGUAUAUUGAUCUUCAAUGAGGAUUUCUAACCCAAAAUGUGUUUCAAUACAUUUGUGAUUGUAAAUUAUAAAUGUGUUCUUAACAUUUGUGUAGUGAUAUUGUCACAUUGACAGUGUAUUGAUCAUCGAUCAUCUUGAGAUCCAGAAUCACUGUUCCUCCAUGAGGAUUAUUUAUACUAACUGAUUUUCAUACCAGUUGUCAUCUCUGUGAUUAGAGAUUAUUGAUCUGUUUUACGAUCACACUGUGUCAAAUGUCACAUAAUAAUGAUGAUGAGGACAAUAAUGUAUUGUUAAUAUGAUAAUUCUCAUUGCUAAGCCUCUUGUUUAUUUUAAACAAUGAUGUUGUCUUUUAGAAAAACAGUAACUGUUGAUAUUACACUCUGAUAGUGUAUCGUGUCUUGUGCUGAUUUAUUAGCACUUUAUUUUCAUUUGCAACAUUUACUCUAAAUUAGGUUUAUGAUCUGCUUAGACUGCUGCCCCCGUGACCCGGCCCCGGAUAAGCGGAAGAUGAUGAUGAUGAUGAGGUUUAUGAUAGAACUCAUUGAGUUUGUGUGAAUAAAUUGAAAAAUCAUUGAAUUACAUUCUCCUGUGUUAUUUCAUUAUUCUUCCGCAGAAAUAAGCUCGGAGAAGAGACUAUUUAUUAUUCAUUUAAAAUAUUUCACAUGACAACCUGCUAGACUAUGGGUCUAAACAAAUUAAAUAUCCCUUUAGUGUUUACAAUAUUGUGAAUAAUUAUUCUGUACAAAGACGGAACAGACCCAUGUUGAA